AUGGUAGACAACUUCUUGAAUGCCAAAUACGACGACUUCGAGUUGCAGAUACUGAUGGACUGCAAACGCAAAAGCAAGUUCUUCGUUUGUAUCUUUAUCCUUUUCACCGAAGUCACUGUUCUGUCAUAUGCCUGUACUCCACUUAUCGAGAAUCUAAGCAGGAACGAAUCUGAUAAGGCGUUUCCCUUUAGAAUGUGGAUUAAGUCUAUCCCAUUACAGGAAACGCCAUAUUAUGAAAUAUGUUAUACGGUACAGGCUGUAAGCGUGUAUAUGGUUGGACGCACAUAUUUUUCCCUAGACAAUAUUCUGUGCAUCAUAAAUCUUCACCUUGCUGGACAAUUCCGAAUGCUGCAGUAUAGAUUAUCAGAGAAAUAUACUAAGAAUCAGAAGAAAAAUGACGAAUCGAGAAACUUGUUAGACCUGGCGAAUAAUGCUACUGACAUCUUCAAAAGUUGUAUUCGACAACACCAAGCGCUUGUGGAGUAUUGCGAAGAAGUUGAUGCAGUAUUCAGCCCUUGUGUACUCAUACAAGUGUUGGCUUUCAGUAUAUUUAUUUGUCUGGAUGGAUAUCAAAUGCUGCUAGUAGACAUUUUCGAGAGGCAAAUUAUUUUCGUGUUCCACUUUUUGGGCACCGUAUGUCAGUUGGUGAUGUUUUCGUACAGUUGUGACUGCAUCAUACGUGAAAGUGAAUUAUUGGCCACAGCGGCGUUCUCCGGGCCGUGGCUACAAUUACCUUCGUCUAAACGCAUCGAGAACCUAAAGAAAGAUUUUAUAAUGCUCAUUAUGAGAUCUUAUAAAUCUUGUUAUAUUUCGGGCCUCGGAUUCUUCAUAGUUUCUUUAGAAACGAGUACUAGGGUACUAACUACGGCGGGAUCAUACUUUACUCUGUUGCAAGAAACGCAAACUAAAGUUGAUUAA